GACAGACCUGACAGAAUCUCGGCAGAACUCAUCAUGCAAGCUACACGCCUUGUCUUCGCUCUGCUCUUCGGAGCUCUACUGAUUGGAGUAUGCAUGGCCAAACCAUCAAAGAAGGCACUCAAGUUGCAGCAAACCCGCCAAGGUUUCCCCUGCAGUAGCGGUGAUUACGUCUGCAACGAUGGAACAUGCAUCUUCAGUUUCUGGGAGUGUGACGGGAUCGACGAUUGCAGUGGAGGCGAGGACGAGGCCAACUGCCCAAGUGCAAGUGCAGGCUGCUCCUCAUACGAUUUCACCUGCAACGAUGGAUCAUGCAUUCCUGGCUAUUGGCAAUGCGACACUUGGGAUGACUGCAGCGGUGGAGAGGACGAGGCCGGUUGCCCCUGCGAUGGAUACACCUGUAACGAUGGAGAUUGCAUCCCCAGUAAUUGGGAGUGUGACGGCUGGGAUGAUUGCGAUGGUGGAGAGGACGAGGCCAACUGCCCGUGCGGUUCUUACGAAUACACCUGUAACGACGGGGAUUGCAUCCCUGAUUACUGGGAGUGUGACUACAUAGUUGAUUGCGAUGGUGGAGAGGAUGAGGCAAACUGCCCCACCUCCACCCCUUACUUUUCGUCCGACUUUUUCUCCAACACUUGUGAUUAUAACAUGGGCGAGUUCCCCUGCCUGUAUUCCGACGAGUGCGUCACCUUCGAUGACAUGUGCGAUGGCGAGACCGACUGCAGCGGUGGCGAGGACGAGUCUGAUAUGAUCUGCUGCAUGUACGGCGACAGUGCCAAGAGAGCUCCUAAGAAGAGAUGGGAGAAGAUGACACGAAAGGUAGAGCAGAAGAAGAGAGCCAUGCGCAAGUAAACUAACUAGAGGUUCAUGCGACCGGGAAAAGACGACAUUGCUACGGGAUCUGACAACGGACAACUGGACAUUCAUUUUCCGCUGCCACAAGUUAUCAAUAGCUAGUCGUAGUUUAUAAGAUAUUCACACGUUCUGCCUUUUCUCUUUUCAUGAGUGAUUCGUUAUUUUGAUUGUCACGAUUAUUGUUGAAGGAAAUGACUAAGAAUGUUCUGAUUUCGAAUCCUCGUUUGAAUAUUACUAGUUUGACUACAUUAACAUGCCAAUGCAGUCACAAACCAACUAAGAACACUAAGAAAACUGAUAAAACUAGGAACAUGUGUUUCACCUGUCAUCUUUACAGAUAAUAAAAACAUCUCUUUGAGAGACUUUAGUUCACUAAAUGUGUAUCAUGAAUAACUUUGAAAUACCUCUUGAAUCAAACAUAGCAACAAUGAUAAACAUAUUUCAGAUUUGAAGUGACCCAUUAGAUUGCAGUAAUUCUUAGGUGUCUUUAUCAUUAAAAAAAAUGUGUAAUACAAUAACUCACAGUUUCAAAUUACCAAUAUAGAUAGUAAAUCCUCAAAAAUCAAAAAGUUUGGCAAUUAUGCACGUUUGAAUAUAGUUAUCACAGUCUUAUAUCAAGUUAAUUUGGCACACUCGUCUUACAAACUUCUUCAAUACGAACAAAAUAACCAAUUGUAUCAAGCUUUUAAUCGAAUCGAAAUAUUUUAGGCCAGUUAAUAUGAAAACAAAUCACAGUCUGGAGUCUGGGUUGCUUUUGUCAUUAAUUUACGUUG